ACACUGAGUUCAGUCUAGAAUAUUAAUAUUUUCUAAAUAAAUCGUGAACAGUGUAACAAAACGACGCUUAGUUUCGGCUUUACAAACUAUGGAACUGUACGCAGAGCAUAGCAUUACAAGCCCGGUAUGAUACAACCCACACGAUUGGUUAGCUUCCCAAACUGCGCACCGCCUUCAUCUCAGUUGUGACUUGCGUGCAAGGAGGAGGCUGUGUCUGUACGUUAUUUGUGUGAUUGGCUAGCUGUCUUAUUGCACAACGACCUCCUCUACCCCGUGGGCUUCUUGGGCCAAGUGUCUAGCUAUGUAUCGCUGUUUGUGCUCCCUUCGACACGCUGCGCGGCACAGGAAAAACCUUUCUGCGCUCGCUGUACAGUCAUUAACAGUGAAACAGGGGAGGAUGGCCAGCUCAUACAGAAUUGAAAGUGAUACAUUUGGAGAACUCCAAGUUCCAAAUGAUAAAUAUUAUGGGGCACAAACUGUUCGUUCAACAAUGAAUUUCAAGAUUGGAGGUGUAACUGAAAGAAUGCCAGUUCCUGUUAUUAGAGCUUUUGGCAUCUUAAAAAGAGCUGCUGCUGAAGUAAACCAAGACUAUGGACUUGAUCCCAACAUCGCCAAUUUUAUUAUUAAAGCAGCUGAUGAGGUUUCAUCUGGCAAAUUGGAUGAUCACUUUCCUUUGGUUGUCUGGCAAACUGGAUCUGGAACACAGACAAACAUGAAUGUAAAUGAAGUAAUAAGUAAUAGAGCCAUUGAGAUGAUGGGAGGAAAACUUGGAAGCAAAGAUCCUGUGCACCCUAAUGAUCAUGUUAACAAAAGUCAAAGUUCAAAUGAUACAUUUCCUACAGCCAUGCAUAUUGCUGCUGUAAAAGAGGUUCAUGAAGUUCUUUUACCUGGACUCCAAAAGUUACACGAUGCAUUGGAAGAAAAAUCCAAGGAGUUUGAGAACAUUAUAAAAAUUGGUCGCACACACACACAAGAUGCAGUGCCACUUACUCUUGGCCAGGAAUUUGGUGGUUAUGUUCAACAAAUAAAAUACAGUGUUAGUAGGAUUAAAGCUGCAUUACCACGGGUCUAUGAAUUAGCAGCUGGAGGUACAGCAGUAGGAACAGGCUUAAACACCAGAAUUGGAUUUGCAGAAAAAGUUGCUGCAAAAGUGGCAGAGCUAACGGGUCUGCCAUUUAUUACUGCACCUAAUAAAUUUGAAUCCCUUGCUGCUCAUGAUGCACUCGUUGAAUUAAGUGGAGCUUUGAAUACACUAGCAUGUAGUCUUAUGAAGAUUGCUAAUGACAUACGGUUUCUUGGGUCCGGACCAAGAUCAGGUCUCGGAGAACUAAUCCUGCCUGAAAAUGAACCGGGGAGCAGCAUUAUGCCCGGAAAAGUAAAUCCUACACAGUGUGAGGCUGUUACUAUGGUUGCAGCCCAAGUGAUGGGGAAUCAUGUGGCUAUAACAAUAGGUUGCAGCAAUGGCCACUUCGAAUUAAAUGUUUUCAAGCCUGUAAUUAUAAAGAAUGUCCUUCAAUCAAUCAGGCUGCUGGGCGAUGCAGCUGUGUCAUUCACAGAUAACUGCAUUGUGGGAGUACAAGCCAAUACAGAGAGAAUCAAUAAAUUAAUGAGCGAGUCUUUAAUGCUUGUCACUGCACUUAAUCCCCAUAUAGGAUAUGAUAAAGCAGCAAAAAUAGCUAAAACUGCCCACAAGGAAGGCACUACACUAAAAGAAACUGCAAUUAAACUUGGAUUUCUUACAUCAGAUCAAUUUGACCAGUGGGUUAAACCAGAGGAUAUGCUUGGACCAAAAUAAAUUUGAAUUUGUAUUGCUGUCUUAAUAAAAAUACAUCAAAUCUGUUAUAUAUUUGCAAGCAGGAAUUAUUAAAUAACAAUAGUUUUUGAAUGUAUAUAUAUUGUUAAAUUUUUACAGGUUCAUUAUGUUACCUAUUUGCAGCCAUGUGUAAUCACACCUUCGCAUCUGCAUAAUAUAGCAAAUACUUAUAUAUAGUAUAUCUUAUUUAGAGGGGAACUACAGUUAAAAUCAAAUUGUCCAGAUGGACAGAUAUGAUUAAAAUAAUAAUAUUCUCGAAUAUAUUUGUUUUGAAUAAAACAAGUAAUAUAACAGACUAUUAGGAUCCUUUCUCUGAAAGCCAGCUCAAGUAAUUGCUGAAUGGGAGUGGCAACACCUUGCUGUGAUGUCACAAUACCAUUAGCAAUGUUCCAUACAUUUCAAGCUGAUCAAGCUGGAUCUCCAAUCAGUGGCUCAAGAGCAACAUUUUUAACAACAUCUUGGAGGCAAUUUUUGGAAGCACAGACACCUGGUUUUACUCCAAUUGUCCUGCAGGCUAGCAGUCCACAUGGGGCUACCAAAUUGUCAUCACCUCCCUUAUUUGGCAUCACCAAAGGACUUUUUCAGGCUUGUGUUUCCUGCCAGUUCUGAAGGCAUG